AUGGUAACAAUUAUGAAUUACAGAGUUUUUAUUUCUUUAUUUGCAAUUAUUACCGUUGGAUUAACAAGAGAAACAUUAGGAAUGGUCGUCGGAGAAGUCAAUAGCCAUAACGAUAGUCCAACAAUAUAUAAUUCUGAUCUAACAUCUUUAGUUGAUUCUGUCACCAAGGAACAAUUGUUAGAACAUCUAAAUCAAUUACAAAUUAUCGCUACGAACUCAGGUGGAACACGUGCGGUUGGUACAAUCGGAUUUGAUAGAACCAUCGAUUAUAUUUACGACUAUUUAACAACCCAUACUAAUCUAGAAGUAAAAUAUGAAUAUUUUACUCUUACAAACUACCGAAUAGAUGGUAUACCAACAUUUAUUUCGAAUAUCAAUGGUAAAAAAACUGCAAACACUUAUCAGACUCAUUUUACUGAUAUGAUAUAUUCUGGUAGGGCAAACUGGAUAACACCACGUCCCGUAUCAAAUAUUCCAAAUGAUGGUUGUUCCGAUGACGAUUGGAAAAAUGCUUAUCCAUCAUUUGUUGCUGGUACUAAUGUUGCCCUUGUAAAAAGAGGUGUAUGUACAUUCGAAGACAAAUCUGUAUUGGCCAAAAAAUAUGGCGCAGUUGGUUUACUUAUAUAUAAUGAUGGUGUUGGCUCUGAGAGAUUUGGACUAAUGAAUGGAAGUGUAUCAGAAGAAACAGAUUUUCCCGCAUUAUUUUUAUCAUAUCAAGUUGGUUCAACGUUAGCUAAAGAAGCGCAAACUGGUUCAUCUGUAAGUGUCUCAAUUAACAUGAAUACCAGAAAUUUACGUAAUGCUGCUAUUGCUAAUAUUAUUGCUGAUACACCAACAGGAGAUAAAAGACAAACAAUUGUUAUUGGUAGCCAUAGUGAUGGAGUAAAAGCUGGUCCUGGCAUUAAUGAUAAUGGUAGUGGCACUGCUGCUAAUUUAGUAUUAGCCACUAAUAUUGCUCGUUUAUUACAAACACCCAGUUAUAAACAAUAUCCAUAUCGUAUUCGAUUCGGUUGGUGGGCUGCUGAAGAACUUGGAUUAAAAGGCUCAAUUUAUCAUGUUAAUCAAGCCAAGAAAAGUGUAAUAGUUGGUGAACGUAUACAAGAUUAUCUUCUUAAUCUUAAUUUCGAUAUGUUAGGAUCAAAAAAUUUUAUGUUUGGUGUUUAUGAUGGUAAAACAGCUAAUCCACUUACGACACCAUCAAAAGCUAUACCAGGUAGUAAAAAACUAACUGAACUAUUUACUCAAUUUUUUACACAACAAAAUUUUCCAUCGGAUGGUACAAAAUUUGAUGGUCGUAGUGACUAUGGACCAUUUUUAGCUGCCGGUCUUGUUGCUGGUGGUUUAUUUAGCGGUGCUGAAGCCAGAAAAACAAGAGAACAGUUUGAUCGUUAUAAUCGUUUGUUAGGUCAAGGAAUGGGUGGUACUUCUAAUGCUGCGUAUGAUGCAUGUUAUCAUAAAAAAUGUGAUACAAUCCAAAAUAUAAAUUCAUUUGGAUACGAAAAACUGGUUAAAGCCGCUGCUUAUGUUACAGAACAAUUGGCACAAUUGGACAAUUUAAAAAUAUGGUUAUAUCCAUCAGGACAAAUUCAAUUUUUAGAAAGGACAUCACCAUAUAAGCCACCAAUAUCUGACUAUUCUAUCUUAAGUGAAUUUUACAAGAAAACAGAUUUGUAA